UCUGCGCUGACGGCUGCGCUCUGCUCAGUCUGCCGCUGCACAUCCACCGCGGAGCCACCACGCCGCUGAGGCGGACUGAUCGUAGCUGAGCUCGGCCAGCGGUGCUGGGUCAAAGCGCUGCUGCUGCAGGAGGAGGAGGAGGAGGAGGAGGAGGGAGGGGAGCGGCAGCACACUUCUCUUCUUUCCCCCCUCCUGAAACCUUGCACAGCUUCAAGGAUUCAGGACAUCAUCACCUACAAGCUGGAAUAGUUUUUUUUUUUGUUGCUGUUUUCUGUCAAUUUUUUUCCCUUUUUUCUUUCUCUUUUUCUUUUUUCUUUUUAAUUUUUGUGCUCCAGAAGACGCACAAAGUUGCAGCUGCAGAGGCGCACUUUUCUCCGAGGCUCUUCUCCUCCUUUCUGCGCUCAUAAAUCCGACAUGGAAGAUGGUCCGUCUUCAACAAGCUGUUUCAGAAGGUUAACGGACUGUUUCCUGGGUGCAAAACACGAUGGAAGAGAGAAGGCCAGUACAAGUGAGAGGAAAGAAAGUCAGGAAGCAGAAGACAGAGAGCGUGACAAUGAUGGAAAAAGAGAGAAACAGACCGUACAUGAUGAUGACCAAGGCUUGACAGAUGAAAAAGUGAAGGCCUACCUCUCGCUGCACCCGCAGAUGCUGGACGAAUUUGUGUUGGAGAGUGUGAGUGCUGAGACGUUAGACAGAUGGCUGAAGAGGAAGACCAGCAGCAGGCCUGCAGAUGGCACAUCGACUAAAGAAGUCAGCAGGUACCAGGACACAAACAUGCAGGGUGUGGUGUAUGAACUGAACAGCUUCAUGGAGCAGCGGCUGGACAUUGGAGGAGAUAACAAACUUCUGCUCUAUGAGUUGUCCAACAUAAUCAAAACAGCAACAAAUGCUGAUAGUUUUGCACUUUAUUUCUUGGGAGAAUGCAACAAUAGUUUAUGUUUAUACACUCCAAGGGGGGCCAAGGAUGGCGGUCCAAGUCUCGUCCCGUCUGGCCCCAUCUCAUACGGGACAACCAUUGCCGCUUACGUUGCCAAGACUCGCAAAACACUGCUAGUGGAGGACAUCAUAGGGGACGAGCGAUUUCCGGACGGCACAGGGCAGGACUCAGGGAUCCAUGUUCACUCUGUCCUGUGUCUCCCCAUCCUCACUGCCAUUGGGGACCUCAUCGCCAUCCUGGAGCUACAUCGGCACUGGGGCAGGGAUCCUUUCAACCUAAGACACCAAGAGGUUGCAACAGCAAAUUUAGCUUGGGCAUCUGUUGCCAUUCAUCAAGUACAGAUGUGCAGAGGCCUUGCCAAACAGACUGAGCUUAAUGACUUCCUACUAGAUGUGUCAAAAACAUACUUUGAUAACAUUGUGGCAAUAGAUUCUCUACUUGAACAUAUUAUGAUAUAUGCAAAAAACCUGGUGAAUGCAGACAGAUGUGCGCUCUUCCAGGUAGAUCACAGCAACAAAGAACUGUACUCCGACCUGUUCGACAUCGGGGAGGAGAAGGAAGGCAAACCUGUGUUUAGGAAAACAAAAGAAAUAAGGUUUUCCAUAGACAAAGGAAUAGCUGGCCAAGUAGCUCGGACAGGGGAAGUCUUAAAUAUCCCAGAUGCCUAUGCAGACCCACGGUUCAACCGAGAGGUAGACCUCAAAACUGGCUACACCACACGGAACAUCCUGUGCAUGCCCAUUGUGAGCAGGGGGACCGUUAUCGGUGUGGUGCAGAUGGUGAACAAGCUAAGCGGAAGUGCCUUCACUAACACCGAUGAGAACAACUUUAAGAUGUUUGCUGUCUUUUGUGCUCUGGCCUUACACUGUGCAAAUAUGUACCACAGGAUCCGGCACUCUGAAUGCAUCUACAGAGUGACGAUGGAAAAGCUUUCCUAUCACAGCAUCUGCACGUCAGAGGAGUGGAAGACCCUCACCCAGCUCAACCUUCCUGAACCCAUUUACAAAGAAAUUGAAACGUUCCAGUUUGACAUCAGUCCCUUUGAGGAGAUUUGGCCGGCCGUCUUCAUCUACAUGGUUCACAGCUCCUGUGGAAAGUCCAGCUUUGAGCUGGAGAAGCUCUGCAGAUUCACCAUGUCAGUGCGGAAAAACUACCGCCGUGUGCCCUACCACAACUGGAAGCACGCGGUCACAGUGGCACACUGCAUGUUCGUCAUCCUGCAGAAAACCACCGGGAUCUUCACAGAGCUAGAGAAGAAGGGUUUGUUGGUAGCCUGUCUAUGUCACGAUCUGGACCAUCGAGGUUACAGCAACACAUACCUGCAGAAGUUUGACCAUCCACUGGCUGCUCUGUACUCCACCUCCACCAUGGAGCAGCACCACUUCUCCCAGACUGUCUCCAUCCUGCAGCUGGAAGGGCACAAUAUUUUCUCCAACCUGAAUUCCAGCGAGUACGAGCAGGUGCUGGAGAUCAUCCGGAAGGCCAUCAUCGCCACCGACCUCGCCCUCUACUUCAACAACCACCAGCAGCUGACGGAGCUCCUGACCACCCAUGGUCUGGACCUGAACAACCAUUCGCACAGGGACCGUGUGAUUGGUCUGAUGAUGACAGCAUGUGACCUGUGUUCUGUUACCAAACGGUGGCAAGUCACACGACUCACAGCUAACGACAUCUAUGCUGAGUUCUGGGCUGAGGGAGAUGAAAUGAAGAAGAUCGGAAUUCAGCCGAUCCCUAUGAUGGACAGAGACAAGAAGGACGAGGUUCCCCAGGGCCAAGUGGGAUUCUACAACAGUGUGGCAAUUCCAUGCUACACGACACUUUCAGAGCUUUUCCCUCCAUCUCAUCCACUCCUAAAUGCCUGCAAGGAGAACCUGAAUCAUUGGGAGCAGAUAGUUCGUGGGGAGGUGGAGGAUGUUCUGCCCACCCGGCCCAGUGAAUCAGGCCCCGUCAAGGUGGACAACUGACUACCAAAGGGGUCUCUGACCCAACAAAGAAACAUACGAACAUCCUGCCACGGUCCUGGACAUCUCACGAGGGAGAGUAGGGACGGGGUGGAGGAAGAAGGGAGGAACCACAGCCUGCGUCUGCAGGAGUUUGACGCGCUGAAAGCGGCUUGACUUUUGAAAAACACACAGUUACCUCAUUGGGUGACGGAGGUGUCCACACUGACGGUUCCACCGAUCCCAGAGACUGACAGACAACAGUCGGGGAGGGAUCUCAGUCCAUCACCCUGCGUCUUCUCAGCUUGGGAAAUCCUAUUUGAUAGAACGGCCUUUGAGUUCUUUCCUGUAUUUUAUUUUUGGUUUUUGUUAUUGUAAUUAUUUUUUUUUGGCUUUUUCUUGUCAUUUUCCUUAAUUUGAACUGUUCCUGUUAUGGUCUUGUAUUUGAAGAGGCCUUACUCUAGACCUUCAACAGGCUAGGAUAUGUGAAUUUUGCUUUUCAGUUCAGGCUCCUUUGAGAUGGUACUUUUUGCCUUCUGUGUUGAGUUUAUUGCACGCGCACUACUUCAGCAAGUUAUUCCCAGAGACAGGAGGAAUGUCUAGAGCAGAUGUCUGGUGUAGCGACACCUUAUUCAGAAGGCGGACAUCAGAAUGUGUUUGCAAUUACUUUAUUUUUUUUCUUUUUUAGCAAAUAUCCUUUGCAGUACUUGAAUAAACACAACCUGUUCUAUGCGGAGAUUGCAGAAAUCCCCUAGAAACAUGGAUGAACUGUGAUGUUGAUGUUGGUGAACAGUCAUGAGAGAGUUACAUUGUUUAAAGUCUGAGGUGGUCCCUGCAGCUUCUCACCCCUCAGCAUUUAGGAACCAGCUGCACCAACAUCGCUCUGAUCACCAGGAUCCAAACCCUGCUCGUUUAUUUUAAGCCAAGACUGCAUAAUCCAUAAUUGUACUCCCUUCUCCUUUACCGCAUCAUAAAUUACACUUGUGUUCAAACUAAAAGCAGUGUGUUAAAAAAAGUGACUGACUCUCUAAAUUUCUUAUAGCUUUUUUCCCCUCCAUACAAGCAAAUUCAUUGGGAACAUUGUGUAUUUAAUUUAGUAUCAAGAUAUGCAGAAAAUGUACCAAAUUUAGAGUCAUUCUACAGAAACAGACAGAAAGAAGAACCUUCAAAACAAAUUAUUUUCUCUAUUAUUCUUUUCUAGAUUGAACAUUCUUAAAGGUUUAGAUUUUUCUGAUGUUUAGCUGCGCUUCCAUUGUUUCUGAGAACUUCUUUACAUCUACAUAUGUUACAUGGAGCCGAGCCACUUCUACCACCUGUGAUCAGGUACUCCAAUUAGGCCACAUUCCUCAGUUUUGCACAUUUGAUGUCACUCAAUGAGUUUUCCAUCAGAUGAAGUUCCCAGGUUUUGGACUGUUGGUUAGAAAUCCAAAUGCUGCCCAGUUAGAGCUGUUUUUGUAGUUGUUGUCUUGUUAACGUUUUACCUCCUGGCUUUAUUUAAAUUGCAAACUAAUUGUAAAAUAUAUAAAAUUCUGUUAUUUGUGUCAAAGAGAUUCUAAAUUAAAUAGAGAUUAUUAGUUUGAAUAUAGUCUUUGCAAUGGAUUGAAAUGUUUUUAAUAUGCAGAUUGGUAGCCUGGUAAAAGCUGGCUGGAGGCGUGGAAUCUGUUUUUAAAUUUUACCCAAUUGCUAAUGUUUGCCAGUUCUAUGCUAUGAAGCUUACCAGAAAUUACCUGUAAAUUAACUUCUUACCUGCAAGAGAGAAGAGCCGAUCCGAACAAAGCGGCUGUUAAUGUUAAUUCAAUAUUUGGGAGCUUGAGCAAACAAACUGGACAACUUUGUUCCUCCACUGCCAUUGCUAGAACUACAGGCAGACUUCAAUUCUGAAACAGUGCAGAAAUUCAACAUAAUCAUUAACAAUUUAUCUUUCUGUUCACUGAUUGACCCGUCCAAAGAUAAGUAAAGCUUUUUGGACAUAAAAGUCUUGCUGGUUGAAAUUUUACUGGGUUGAUGUUUUAAAGCUGAUACACUGAUAUAACUUUAUUAUGUCAUAAUGCCUGAGUCACCAUGCUUUACAGUGUACUGAAUCUCUUGAAUUCAUCUUCAGAAAAAAUGUCCACUCUCUCCACAACCUGAAAGAACAAUCUUCAUUUCAUUAGUAGAUAAAAUGCUGCACCGUUUUUCUUUGGGUCAGUCAGUGUGUUCUUUGGGAAAUUGUAACCUCUCCGGCAUAUUACCUGAGCGAAGUUGCCCCUUCACCUUCCUCAGAUGAAGUAAAAUAUGGUGUCAAACGUUUGUGCAGCAAAAAGUUUUGUUUGCGUUGUUGUCAUUUUUAAGAUCUGAAAGAAAACUUUUCCAGCAAUCAACCUGCCCCUCACACCCUCCACAUUAACAAAAUCAAACAAAAAUGAUAUAAAUUAAUUGCGUGUGGUGUUAUGUUCCUGCUGGUUUCUAUAGCUAAAACUUUAGAAGCAAAGAUGGACACCAAAUUCGUGUUAUUUUGUAAAUGUAGGGAUUGCGGGGGACUGGUUGACCUGAAACAUUUAUUAAUAUCUUUAAAAUUAUAGCAGCACAUAUAAAACAUUUUGCUGCACAAACGUCUGACACCAAUUUUGUUUAAUUAGACAAAGGUAGGGCGGCCUUCUUCACUCAGGUUAGCAUAUGCCACUUUGCUGAAAUACUGGCCUCAGUAGCCACCUUGUAAUUGUUCUCACAGGUAACGGACGACCUUUUCGAUCACACUGGAGCUGAUCAGUCAGCUUGCUCAUGAAUCAUUGCUUUUUUGGCUUUUCUUUGAUCCAUUGGACUGGUAGUUUCCUCAUUUUCAACUAUAUUUCUUGUUUUGGUUUCAAUUUUAAAACAUUUGAAAAAAUGUUUUAACCAAACUAUGUCGUUCUUAAUUUUUGGACGUUUUUGAAUGAUCACAGUUCUUUACACUCACUUUAAUUUUGAACAUGUUAUCAAACACAAUGCAUGUCUGUUGAUGUUGUUGCUCUCCUACACCCAGUACUACAUUAUUUGCCAUGUAGAAAUAUAAUUUCUACCAGAAACGAGGAGAGAUCUCAUUAAGGGAUUAUGUACUGCUGUUAUUUUGAACACAACUGUAUUUCACCUCCAAAAACACAUAAACAAUCAUUCUAUUCUUUGAAACUGACAUGCAGGAAUAACUCCAAACAAUCACAAACACCAUUAAAGGCUUCAUAUAAUUUCAACAAAGUUAAUUCAUGUCUCUGGGAUUGUAACUCAUGAGUGUUGUUUGAAUUUUUGCCACUGUGUGACACACAGGCUGUAGAAAGAAAUAACUAAUUUUCCUAAAUCAAACUAGAAGAUACGUUUGGACUCUUAAAUAAGUUUCCAAGAUCUUCCAAGAGACAAACUGUUUUGUCCUCAUUCAUUUUUCAGACUCAAGUGUCUGCUCAACUCUUUCAUGUUGUUGUUUUUGGUUUGUUUGUUUUGUUAUUGUCCAACUGGUUCUGCAGCCCCCCUGAGUGUGGUGAAUGUGUCAUUUUGAUGAAUGUCCUCAUUGGUUGCAGAUUCUGGGUGUCGCUGCGUGGGUUCAUAUGCACCAUCAGUUUCCUCCACAUGAUCCAUCUUACUGUCUUACUUUUCAGAGUUGCUUCCAGUAAGCUUCAACCAAGAGCAACAAUUAGCAUGCACCUUACCUGAAGUGACAUAUAUAUAUUUAUACAGUAUAUACUGACUUUUCAUUUGCCGAAAUAGGUGAGUAGUGUGUACAAUCUAGGAAGAGAUGUAAGCUCUGAUGGUGCUAAAUGGAACGGCAGUCGUGCACUUUCUUACUAGGUUUGCGUGUGUGUGUGUGUGUGUGUGUGUGAACGCUUUCCUCCUUUAAUCACUCCAACUCCACCAGACAACAUUAUAAAGUCACUGCACUGUCCCUCCUCCUGUUCAGCACCAGUUAUAUCCCAUUGUCUGCACUAUGUUUAGCUUAUGAUCUUUAUCAUCAUCCUUAUUAUUAUUAUUAUUAUUAUUAUUAUUAUUAUUAUUAUUAUUAUUAUAUGUCUAUUGUUAUUUUUCUUAAUUAGAUUUAAAUUUAAAUUAACUUAUAUUUUUUAUACAAAGAAGAAUAAUGUUUGCCUUUUUGUUUUGUACAAAGUAAACAUUAAGAUAAAUUAAACAGUCUAGACAUGUUACUGUUACCCAGAAUAACUGAGGAAUGUCUCAACUGUAAAUGUAAGAGCCGUAGCCCAAAUGACUUUUAUUAAAUACAUCUUUGAAAAGAAA